AAUGCAGAAUGAUGAUGGCUAAAUGAAMUUAAAAUAGCCAUUAAAUCUGGAAAGUCACAGUUGAAAUGCUAAAGCUAAACAUUGUUUGUAUUUUAGAAUGUAUUUAGACUUGAAUAUCAAGCUAUAAAGUAUGCGCCAUAUUAACAAGAUUAUCAUCAAACAAGCUACAGAGUCAAGAGCUGCUAGUAGUUGUGGGAGUGAUAYUGAUAGACAAGAACUGAUUAAUAACUAUGGCAAUGAGAAGUACCUCAGUAAAUGGGGAAUUGAAGAUAACAUUCCUCCUCCAGAUACCCAGACAAGGGAUGAACAAAAACUAGGGACAAAUCAAGCCAGUGAAGAAAUUCAAGACCAUUUGUCAGCUGAUGAUGACAAUGCAUCAUUAGUAUCAUAUAAUAGUGUACGUGAUGGUACACAAUCCAAAAAUACUACAUAUCUACCUUAUCAAGUACAACAACCAUCUCAAGAUAUCACUCUAUGGCAAGGAUAUAGCGGCAAUAUCUACUUUGACUCUGUAAGAUGUAGAGCUUUACGAAUAAACAGCUCAAAACCUAACAAAAAGAAGACGAAAAAAGAGAGAUCCUUGUCAUAUCGUUCAACAAAGUCUUGCAGUCCUUCGAUAGAAGUCCACGCAUUUAAUAACAGUGCAAGCUCGUUUUACAGUCUUGGAAGUCUGAGAAUUAGCUCCAGAGAAGACAAAAAGAAACUCACUCCAUUUAAAAAUCAGCUUCAAUAUAGCAAGCUUCGUAAAGGUUUUGUAGAAAUUGAAGAUCGGAGAAAUGUCCACAGAACUCAUUCUACUCCAACAUCCCUGGUGAUCUCUGGAGGACCAAUGAACGGUAAAACGGACCCCAUUGACAGUGUCUAUCGACUGAAUACUAAGAUAAGAUCAUCAUCUAAGACUAAGAGUAGAGAUGGGUCAAGUCUGAAUGAUUUCACUUCCCUUAUGGGAAAUAACACAAAAAUACAUGCGCAAGUUUCAGAAAGUGUUGGUGAUGUGGCAAAUGGAGAGCAGCAAGGCCAAUAUGGCAUUUUACCUCAAGUGGUCCAGACGCCUGGUAGCAAGGACGUAUCAGAGCCAACACCAGUCUUUAUUAUCCCCUUUGCUACACUGGAUGAUCCAGUAGAUACAGAUACUUACUAUCAAAAAACAGAAAAAAGACCAUCUAUUGAGAGUGAAAAAGGAAUAAACAAAUCUUUACAAAAAACAGUCAAACUAGUUCCAGAAAUCACAGGUAAACCUGGCAAACCAUCCGUAAUAAAGCCUGAUAAACCAGCCGUACAAAAGCCUGAUAAACCAACCACUCAAAAAACAGUUGUACAAAAAACAACUACACCAGUUAUACAAAAAUCAGAUAAAGUCAAGACAUCUGUACAGCCGCUUGAAGAUAAACCUAAAGAACAUAGACUUCAGCAAACUAUUCCUAAUGCAGUUCCUACGCACAUUGUCAACAUCACCGGUGAUGAUAACAUCUCACGUGUAUCACCAAGGCCAGACUUAAAUAUUCGCCGUGAGAUAAGCAAUUCUUCAUUGAGUAACUAUUUACAAGCGGUUCCUCAAAGAACGAAGACUGUGGUCAAAGAACAGAAAAAAUCAAUGCCAAAAUUAACCUACACGCAGAGAACUAGAGAAAUAUGUACGACAGAAAUAGAAAAUAAAAAUACGUUCUAUGAACAACCAAAUGGUUUGCCAAGAACAGAGGCUUUGUAUGGGGGCUAUUUACCGUCCACACGACCUGCCAAAAACUUUCACGCUGACUUUCUUAGUGAAACUGCCAGUGACAGUAGUACCGUGACAUCACGACAAAAUAAGCAUCACGUGACUAAGUCUAUCCAUAAAAGGACUUCAUUGAAGGAUAAUGGGGCGGAAGUGAAGGGGAAAUUUCAUCUGCCAGUGAUAGGAUGGAAUGUGUCGUAAAGCAUUAUGGAAGCCAACCCUCUGUCGACCACACCUUGCUUGCCACGAGAUCACCAAAAGACAACAUCAACUCGUUACAAAAGCGUUGGCAUCAUCAUAUUCAUCAUCAUCACCCUAUAAUAUUCAUCAUCAUCAUUAUGCACGAGAAAGUAGUCAAAGUGGCGUGCUGUAGCAAGCGCUUACACCUUCAGACACUUGUGACUCCAUUUUAUACAGUCUCCGGUCUGACCUCAAUCCCUGAAUCUCUCAAUAAACCAUGAGCCAAUAUUCCGUUUAUCUGCAUUUCAUCGACCCUUCAUCACAACCUCUUAAUAUUUCUCUAGACAUAAAAUUUCGAGUAGGCGCUGUCUUUAUGUUCCUUUAAGCUGCCAUUAACACUGAGAGGGAAGUAGAGAUAAUGGUUAUCGCUACCAUUAGUACUACUCUCGUGGUUUGGACCUUCUAGUCUUUGCCAAGCAGAGUGGGCUCGCUGAUAUUAUCAUAUCAAUGAGUCAAUUUCGAAUGUGAGCAUGGUUGUUUUAUAAUGUUUUUAUAUGCUAGAAAAAGUGUAUAUCGUAAGAGAUUGUUUAAUUUUAAUGACUAAGAUUAUAAAACGAAAAUUAUAAAAAAGGAUAUACUUUUUUAAUCUUAACAUGUUUCAGCAUUUCUAAUUCUUCUGAGGAUGGCAUAAUGUAAUGCUGAAACAUGUUAAGAUAAAAAAAGUAUAUCGUAUUUUUUAAAGUUUUCUUAUCUCUGGUGCUAGUACGAAACUAAGAUUAUAAAGAUGAGAAAAUGUAAUAAUUAGUAAAGAUUUUAUAUUUAUGGUUAUGUUAAAAACCAUUCAAACAACGA